AUGCCCACCACCACUACAACAGGGACAGCAUCCACUACUACAUCACCUACUGCCAUCACUUCUACAACCACAACACCCACCACCACCACAACAGGGACAGCAUCCACCACGACCUCUACAAGCACAACACCCACCACAACAGGGACAGCAUCCACCACCAUAUCACCCACUACCACCACCUCUACAAGCACAACACCCACCACCACCACAACAGGGACAGCAUCCACCACGACCUCUACAAGCACAACACCCACCAUAACAGGGACAGCAUCCGCCACCACAUCACCCCUUGCCACCACCUCUACAAGCACAACACCCACCACCACCACAACAGGGACAGCAUCCACCGCAUCACCCACUACCACCACCUCUACAACCACAACACCCACCACAUCAGGGUCAGUAUCCACCACCACAUCACCCACUACCACCACUUCUACAACCACAAUACGUACCACAGCAGGAGCAGCAUCCACAACAUCACCUAUUGCCACCACUUCUACAACCACAAUGCCCACCACCACUACAACAGGGACAGCAUCCACCACCACAUCACCCACUACCACCACCUCUACAAGCACAACACCCACCACCACCAUAACAGGCACAGCAACCACCACCACAUCAUCCACUUCCACUGCCUCUACAAGCACAACAUCCACCACAACAGGGACAGCAUCCUCCACCACAUCACCUACUGCCACCACCUCUGCAAGCACAACACCCACCACAAAUGCUACAGGUACAAUAGCCACUUAA